AGUAGGUAAAUACUUAAUUUACUUGUGUACAUACGCACGGAAAACUAUAAAAUAGCAAUAAAAUCCAACAUAUUUAUUCUGAAAACAAAAUCAAAAAUGUAGGUGCGAGUGGCUUAAUAACUACAGAUUCAUUAGCGCAAAACUAAACGCGCGAAAAAAGAACUAUUAAAACCGCAUCAAACAAGGCGGUAAAACAAAAUAUUUUCUUUCUUCUUUCAGUUUAUUGUCGUUUAGGUAUUUCCUUGAAUUAAAAUAAUUUAUUGCUAGCAAUGGCAAAUGAAGCAGUUUUGAAAUAUUUGACCGACACAAAUCGGCCAUAUUCCUGUGCGGAUGUGACGGUGAAUCUGCGAGGGGCAUUUUCCAAGUCGGCCAUACAAAAAGCUCUUGAUUUUUUGAGUGAAAACGGCAAAAUAAAAUGCAAACUGUAUGGAAAACAGAAAGUGUAUGCGGCCAUACAACCUGAUAAUGUGGCUGAAGGCGAUAAUGAUAUAGGAGAUUACGACAACUUAGUGAAGAAACUAACACAGGACAUUGCCGAUAAGAACAGUGCUCUGAAAACAGUAGAUGCUAGUUUGAAAAUGUUAACUUCCGCGCCUACGACGUCCUCUGCGAGGAACCAAAUAGAGGACACUAAAAAGAGGUUGCAAAGUCUCCAAAUAAAGUUGGAUAUCUUGAAGUCCUCUACUGAAAUUGUUAGUGCUGAAGAGAAAAAAAGUAUAUUGUCGGCGCAUGAUAAGUUUCUUAGAGAAUACAGGAAAAGAAAAAGAAUUAGUUCCGAGAUGUUAGACGGGGUGCUCGAAGGCUACCCCAAGUCCAAAAAGAAUCUUCUAGAAGAACUCUGUUUGGAGACCGACGAAAUGGUAGAUUUCAAACUGACCACUAUCGUAACAUGAAAAUAAAUGGUUAAAUUUAC